AGGCAGGAGAACAAAGCUUUUGGGGAAAGAGCCGCUUCUAACAAAUUCUUGCCUAAUCAAACUCCAUGUAUUCAUAUUUACUGAAGUUUAUCAUGUCAGAGUAAUUCACAGCUGCUUGAAGACAUGGAUAGAUCUUUUUAUUUGAUUUUUAUUGUUUCUUUUCAACUUCAAAGCUGUCCUUCCAGCUGGGCUGCUAUGGACUCAUGUUACGAUGACGAAGGCAACCCUUACCGCUGCAUGCCCGAGUUUGAGAACAUUGCAUUCAAUCGCACAGUUAUAGCUUCCAAUGUGUGCGGCUCCCCACCUGAGGACUACUGUAUGCAGACCGGCUCGACCCGCUCCUGCCACAUGUGCGAUGCCUCGGACCCCACACUCAGUCACAAUGCCAGUCUGCUCACAGACUUCAACAGGAAUGAUGACCCCACAUGGUGGCAGAGCCAGUCUAUGUUCUAUGGCAUCCAGCACCCCAACUCUGUCAACCUCACGCUGCAUCUGGGAAAGGCCUUUGUGAUAACCUACAUAAGAUUAAAAUUCUACACCAGCCGGCCAGAGAGCUUUGCCAUCUACAAGCGUACGGAAGAGGACGGACCCUGGAUACCAUACCAGUAUUACAGCGGUUCCUGUGAGAAAACAUAUGACAAAGCUGCCAGAGGUUAUAUUCGCCCAGGGGAAGACGAGCGGACCGCUUUGUGUACGGAUGAAUUCAGCGAUAUCUCACCGCUCACUGGAGGCAACGUGGCAUUUUCAACCUUAGAGGGACGCCCCAGUGCCUACAAUUUCGACCAUAGUGUGGUGCUACAGGAUUGGGUGACCGCCACAGACCUGCUCAUCUCACUGGACAGACUUAACACUUUUGGAGAUGAGUUCUUCAAGGAUGCCAAAGUGUUGCGUUCGUAUUUCUAUGCCAUUUCGGACUUUUCAGUUGGUGGAAGAUGCAAGUGUAACGGCCAUGCCAGCGAAUGUGUGGAGGGAGAGAGUGAAGACCUGGUGUGUGCUUGCCAGCAUCACACAGAGGGAGCCGACUGCCAGAGAUGUCAACCCUUCUACCAGGACAGGCCCUGGGCUCGGGCCACAGGGGACUCGGCCAACCAGUGUUUGAAGUGCAACUGUAGCGGGAGAUCAGACAAAUGUGUGUUUGACAUGGAACAGUACCGCAGCACGGGCAGUGGGGGGCGCUGCCUUAACUGCAGAGAUAACACUGAGGGACCCCAUUGUGAAAGCUGUAAAGAGGACCACUACAGGAUCUCCCCAGAUGAUGUCUGCCUUCCAUGCAAUUGCAAUAUCAACGGCUCAGUCAGUCAGCAGUGCGAUCAGACAGGAAGCUGUGUCUGCAAAGAAGGGGUGACUGGGGACAAGUGUGACACCUGUUUGCCCGGCUUUCAUUCUCUUGGCCUUGGUGGCUGCAGGCCAUGUGGGUGCAGUAUUACUGGAAGCGUGGGACAUUGCUCUGCUGCAGAUGGACAUUGCAACUGUAAGCCAAAUGUUGAGGGACACACCUGUGACAGAUGCAAACCAGGCUAUUUUGACCUCCAACAAAUUAACCCAGCGGGAUGUCAAGCAUGUUUCUGCUUUGGCCAUUCAUUGGCCUGUUCUUCAUCCAGCCACUACAGAGCUUUCAACAUCACUUCCAACUUCAUAGAGGAUCAGGACGGUUGGGUCGGGUUAUUCUCAGGGGGAAAGGAUUACCCUCUGCUAUGGAAAGAAGGUGAAGUUUACCUGCUACCUCUUAGAGAAGAAGAUACUGGCUUCUACAAAGCUCCUGAAAAAUUCCUGGGUAGCCACAUCCAUAGCUACGGCCAGCCUCUUCUGGUCACAUUCACUUCAGAGACCACCGAGCUUCUGCCGGAGCAUGUCACCCUGAUACUGGAAGGUUCAGGACUCACCCUCACUGCUGACCUUUCACCCCAUCCUGCAGUCGACCUUCUCCCAAGCCUCACACCACACAGCUCCUUCACAGUCAGACUGCACGAACAUGAGACGAGAUUUAGACCAUCACUGUCUUCAUUUAAUUUUCAACUUCUCCUAAACAACUUGACUGCUUUCAAGAUUAGCAAUGCAGGAGGACACAAUUACACGGCACAGUUGGCUGGGGUGAUCCUGACCUCGGCUUUCAUCUCCACUCGAGCAGAGAGUCCCCCUGCCCCAUGGGUGGAGUUCUGCUCUUGUCCAGCAGGCUUCAUGGGCCAGUUCUGUGAGCAGUGCUCCCCAGGAUUCACCAGGGAGCAGCCUGAUAGAGGACCACUCUCAGCAUGUGUUCCCUGCAACUGCCACCAUCAUGGGAUGUGUCACCCAGAGACUGGUGUGUGUGACUGCACUGAUUUCACUACAGGGUUGACCUGUGAGCUGUGCCUCGAUGGUUACUAUGGCAACGCUCUGAUUGGCACUCCUGGCGACUGUCAUCCUUGCCCUUGCCCGGACCACACCAGCUGUGCUCAAAUUGCAGGGACGGGACAGGUGGUCUGCACCAACUGCCCUACAGGACAGACAGGAACCCGCUGCCAGAUGUGUGAAGAUGGUUACUAUGGUGACCCCCUUGGACAGUCUGGACACGUUCGACCCUGCGUCAGAUGCGAGUGCAAUGAUAACGUAGACUUGAACGCAUUAGGCAUAUGUGACCACAUCACCGGGAGAUGCCUUAAAUGCCUUGGACACACAGAGGGUGACCACUGCCAACGAUGUCAGCCAGGUUUCUACGGUGACGCUCUGAGUCAAACUAUCUUCGAAAAAUGCAAACCCUGCAGGUGCAAUCCUGGUGGUACGUUUGGACUCGCUAAUGAAUGCCACCCACAGACAGGAGACUGUCUAUGCCUCAGUCAUGUGACCGGACGCAACUGCAGCUCUUGUGAAGUGGGAUUCUUCAACCUACAGCCAGGUUUGGGAUGUGAAAGAUGUAAGUGUAAUCCAAUUGGCUCAUCAUCAUCUGCAUGUCAUCCAGUCACAGGCCAGUGUGUGUGUAGAGCAGGAGUGGAGGGGAGGCUGUGUGAGACUUGCCGCCCCGGUUUUUUUGGAUUCUCCUCACGCGGCUGUAGAGCUUGUAACUGUGACCCUAUGGGGUCCAUAUCCAUGCAGUGUCACAGCAACGGCACCUGCCACUGUCGACCAGGCUUUGUGGGGUAUAAGUGUGACAAAUGUGAAAUGAACUACUUCCACAACAAGGUUAUGCACCAGUGUGAAGAAUGCCCUGUUUGCUAUGGUCUUGUCAAAAAACAGGCAGAAAAGCUGCAGACUCAACUGCAGGAUUUGGAGAAGCUGCUGGCUCAGUUUGAUUGCAAAGGUAGAUCUGGGAGGCAGCCUCACCUGCUCAAGUAUCAGAGAAGCAAGCUUUACGGGUAUGAGCACCAAGGGGAGGAUACUCUUCCCAACGCUCUGGAGGAUUUCCUGGCUUUCCAAGAAGCUCGGGAGGCCUUCAUAAAACAAUUUGCCUCACUGGAAGCGUCCACGGGAAUGCUCUCUGCCCAGUUACAUAGCAUUACGGCAACUUUGAACUGCACCAACGCCAGAGGUCUGACACAGGAAGGAGACGAAGGGUGGAAAGAGAAGAGAGAAAAUGAAGGAAUAAGAACUGCUGUGUGUCAAACAUUCACCAGUACUGGGAUCAUGAUCACAGCAUCACAGAGGCGACUAAAGCAAGCGACAUUAGACAUGGAUGGCAUGGUCAUUCCUUUUGAGAUGCCAUCACGGCCUAACAAGUGGAACAUUAUGGUCAAUGAUUCACAUGAGCUGAUGAAAAGUCACAAAGAGGCAGCAGACCACAUUGAGGCCAUUGCUAGCAGCACGCUACAAGCUUCAAAGGGGACCUUCACACUCUUGAUGGAUCUUCUAAUGGACAAUUCCACAGAGGAGUACAUCAGGAACCUCACCAUGCAAAUAACCCAAAUGCACCAAUGGAAGGAGGAUCUAGAGGUGCAGGUGAAUGAGACUGCAGCCGCACAGAGAGACAUGGAGGAGGAGGCUGCCGACUGGAGCGCUGCCCUGAAAAACCUCACAUCAUCCUUACAUCAGCUGGUUGCUGCAUCUGUCAGCACAUCAGCAGAGCCAGGCCAGGCGUCACUCAACCAAACACUUCAAAGCAACCAAACAACAGCGCUGGACUUGGAGAAAAGGGUAAAAGAUAUGGACUUUCGCAUUGAGACUACAGACAGUCGCUUUGGUGAGAUCAGGACCAAGAUGGAACCACAAACACAAGCUGCUAAUGAGAAAUUAGAGAUGGGAGAGAAGGUAGAUCAAUCAAUCUAUGAGCUGCAAGCUCGUGCACAGGAGGCGAAGAUUACAGCACUGUCAUCUGUGGUGUCAGGGAAAGAGGUGGAAUCAGAGGCAAUCGCCCUGCACCGAGGACUGGAAUACAUGGUGAAGGAAUGGCCCCGGCAGCAGCUCCAAACCAAAGCCGUAUUGAAGAAAGAGAGACCACUGAGAGAGAAGGUUCUAGCUGAAGUGAAAAGAAAGGUGGCACAGGUGGAAGAGAUUCUUCAACCAGCACUUAAGAACUCCAGUGACGCUGCCAAUAUCUCUGACACAGCUGAACAAAUUGCACAGUCUGUUGCUAAGGAAUCGAAAAGCCUUGUGAGUCAAGCCAAGCAUACAAAGACAGCAUCCGCUCACCUCAGCUCACAUAUAGAUUCUGUAGUGCGCAGGUUGAUUGAGCAAGAGAUGUUAAGCCCAAAAAACAAUUCUCAGCUCUUCAAUGAGCCUGAAGUGUCGCUGAAAAAAGUAAAGGAGCACAUGAAGUUGGCCACGAUCCAGUUAGAAGCCUAUUCUGCUACACUAACUGAACUAAUCAGCAAAAUUGAUGGGAGCAUACCCCUGGAGCGAUUUGAUCGCAUUUUGAACAACACAGCUCAGCGACUGAACAUGCUCCGCGGGAGUGUGGAGAACCCUGCACUGACACUAAAGAUCCACAAGUUGAAAUCAGCUGCUAAAGAACAACAGACUCAUCUGUCCCUCAUUGAGCAGGACAUACAUGAGAUCACAGUGGAGAGAGACAGUCUGAGGGAUAUAGCCUUGAAUUUACCUCAGUCCUGCUCUCAAAUCUCAGAGCCAAGGAAGGUCUAACUGUGGGGGAUGAUGAUGGCUAUAUUAAUUCACUGUGGCCGCAGUCCGUCGGCACCUCUUGUGGAAUUUAUAGACUUGUGAUUUUUUAUUUUCACUGUCACUGAGUAACCCGGUUGAAUAAUAGAGGACAAAAUAUGAACAAAGCCAAAUAUAAAAUUGCAAAAGAAAUAUAAUAAACAGGUAGCAUUCACCAAAGACUAGGUGGACUUAGCAGCACAAUUCUUUAUAACUUGUUAAAAAUAAAGCCUAAUAAUAAAACGCUAAUAAGAAAUAUAAGCAUGUAUUUAAAAAAAAUAAACAUUGUAAUAAAAAAAAAAACUAUUGUCUAUUUAAGAGCAGCUGGUAUUUACCGUGAAUUACAUACUAAUAUUGGGUGAUCAGCCUUUUUCUGAUGAUGAUAUGCUCACCAUUAUUGAAACCCACAAACCCAUAUUUUGGUCCAACUUUUUACUGACUCAUUUUACCUGAAUAGAGCAGAUUCCUUGACAAAAGCUAAUUCUUACACCUAACUUAAGGGCGAGAUGCUUAAAAAAAGCUGUUAUGUGAGUGCACCAAUUAAUAGUAUCAGAGAUCCUGUGUGUCUGAAUUUUCAUCAGGUUGGUACAUUCAUUUUCACCUGAGCUCUUUUUCAUCGGCCUGAAUUAAUUCAUAAUUAGUCCUGUAACCUCAAAGAAGUUGGGUUCAACCUUACAGCAGACAACCUGUGUUCAAUCCUCCCAAUAAAUUUUAACCCAUCAUUUCCAGACAUAUGGUUACAAGCAUAGUCCACUAAUUUAGAAUUUGGCAUAUUUGCAAGUGUUCAUACUUUUUAUUGCAUAUUUUGGUUUAUGGUACACACAAUGCCAUCAGAUGUUUGUUUUAUUUCUGAUGAUACUAAAAUGUAUAGCUAUAGUUGUUUAUGUAUGUUUAAAAAAAAUUCUCAUUCUAGUGAUUGGGCAGAUUUCAUUGGGAAAUACAAAUAAAAAUGUGAGCCUGACAGUACCUCACAUGCUGGCUAGAUGUAUGCUUGUGAAUAUUUACUGUUCAAGUCAUGCUGUUGGUAACUGUAAACAUGAGUUUGAGGUCUCAAAAGCUGAUGCUGCAGUGUGCACAGCCUGCAUAUAUCACGCGCAGGCUGCCUCUGCCUUGUGAUUUGUUGCUGCCCAGGGGCUUGUACUCUCAGUGUUUAUAGCCAAUAUUGCCAGGUUACCAGUUCAAGCGUCAGCGCUGCUCGUGCUCCAGUCAUUUGUCAAAUGUUGCAGACAAGAAAAACUGCUCUCAGAUUUCGAUGAUGUGACACAAGUGUCAGAGUUAUGCAUA